AAGGUAUCUUGAGGUGCAUAUCAUCUGAACAUGAUUUUUAUUCAAACUUUUUUUUCAACGACUGCAUUGGCAUUUUCAAGAUGGCGGCGAUCAGACGAAAUCGCGAAACUUUGGUGUUUUUGAGUGGUGACAGAUUUAUUGCAGCAACAAAGUGUGGUGUUGAGGAAAUACAGAUCCCUGAAGCAGUUAAAGAACAGAAAGAUGAAGAAAAACCACAGAGUAAAACAGAUGACAAAAGUGGGAACAAGAAUUGUAUCCUUGCAUCAGCUUUUUCUGCCUCGGGGAAAUAUUUCGCCGUGGGAGAUGACAGGAAACAGCUUCAUGUGUAUAAAGUGUCGCCGAAAUGGGAGUGGGUCAGUUCAAGGUUGGUUGCUCGGCGAUGCACAGCGAUUACAUUUCCACAAAAUGAGAAGGAAGUGGUGGUUGCUGACCGAACAGGUGAUGUGUAUAGGUUCUCUCUGAUCGAUACGGAUAGUGAUGGAGAACUUAUUCUUGGACACCUUUCAAUGAUACUAGAUGUUGUUAUAUCCAGUGAUGACAAGUACAUAAUAACAUGUGACAGAGAUGAGAAAGUGCGCAUCAGUUACUAUCCAAAUGCCUAUAACAUACAAGCCUUUUGUCUUCUACAUACAGAGUAUGUUAGUCAAGUGUUGUAUUUGAAAGAUUUCAACUGCAUUGUGUCUGGAUCAGGGGAUGGUACUCUGGCAUGCUGGACAAUGGAAGGAAAGAACCUUUGCAACACAGAUAUAGCCACAAAGAACAGCUUGCAAGAUCAAGGUGAAACUAUUUCCAGUGAUAAUACUGAUGUUGCCGUGGUUACAGAUAAUUCUUCUAAAGGUGAAGGUCAAAAGGAAGUUGAAGGUCAAACUGAUCCACCAGGUGUCAAGAAAAUUAUAUAUAAUCAAGGGUUGAAUGUAAUUGCAGUUAUAUAUCACAGAUCCAAAAAGCUCAGUUUUUUUUCUACUGAAAAACAUACAAAUGGCUGCACACUUUUAGAAAACUCCCAUAAUGCACUCACUGAAGAACCCUGGGAUAUAUGUUUUGAUGAUAAUCACAGAAUGUGGAUAUUACAGCCUUGUGAACAAAAACCUGUGCUUGUGUAUGAAUGUUCUAGAGAUGGAGAAGGAAAGAUUCAGUUAGAUGAUUGUAUAUCAGAUGAUUCUGUGCUGCAGACGCAGAAUGUGCUACGUGACAAAUGGAGCUUCCUUCAAGCUUCUCUUGACUCCCAGAAACAGCAGAUAAGCCUGCAGAAGGUGCGGACAUAUGAGAAUGUACAGAGAUACCUGGAAAAGAAAGAAGAACGAAUAAACUCACAGAAAAACAAACAGCAAUCUCCACCACAGAAGAAGCUAAAAACCAGUUGAUACUGAUAGGUGUAUAUUGUAUUAAAUAAAACAGAAAAUUGAAAUGAAUACAGUUUAUAAAAUAUCUUGCUGUAAAAGAAGCAGAUUAAAGUGAAAUAGAUACUGAUAUAGAAGUAAGAGUUAUGUGUACAUGGAGUAUAAUGUCUAGAAUAUCAUUGACAUAAUGAAGGAAGAAGAAAAUGCUGAAGAGUAUUUACUGUUGUGAUGUUGGGAAAAAUUAGCUUGAAGUAAGAAUAAAUUAGCAAAAUUACAGUGCCAUGAAAUUAUGAAAUAGUAUUGUUGCAAUUCUUUCAUUAGUAAAAUUGUGAAACUGAAUUUGAACCAAUAGCAACAGACUUAUAAUUAUGUAUGUGCCAGUAUUCACUUACUGGUAAUGAUCACACUGCCAUCACAACACUGAUAAUCUUAAAAUUGUAGGAAAACAGUUUUUUUUUUUUUAAAAGCAGUGUUUAGUACAUGUAAAAGAGAAGCUAAUUAAACUAUUCAGGUGCAUAUUUUUGUUUUGAUUCAUGUCACACCAACACAAUUCUAUUCAUAUGGUGACUUUUCCGUUGGUUUAUGGUUAGGGAAGAUCCAGGCUCUCCUCUGAGCGAUGUAUCAGGUAUAGGCAGACCAGAUUUUCUGUAUUAUCUACAGGAAACCUGGUUAGAAUGUCUUUGUAUUGAAAACUAGGUCAAGUUAGAAACUUAGGUCAUAAAUGGGUCAAAAACUAUGUUACAAGGUCAGAUCAUGGAAAAACUUGUUAACAUUCUACAGGUCACAGUUUUGAAUGGAUGUACAUGAAAACUGGUCUGAAUAUAUGUCUUGAAUUAUUCUAAGUCAAAUUGGAAACUUGGUCCUCAUGGAUAAGAAGAAGGUGAGCAAUACUGAGGGCCUUCAUGGUCCACUUGAUCUUUAUAAGUACCAACCACAGUAACUUAGCCAAUUUUUAUAUAAGUUCAUUUCAGUUUUAAACUAUUCUCCUUUGCAGGUUGAAAGAAAAUAUAAUUUUUAAUAAUUUA